AUGGCUUUUAAAUAUCAUGACGAAGCAGCUGCACGGCUAUAUGACAAAAAUUGCACAACAAUAUUAAAAGACGGGUCCAAAUGUCAACAACUGCAUUGCAAACAUGCCCAAGAUGCUGGUGUCUGUGAAGCUGGUGAUGAUGAAGAGCAAUUCAACGAUCGAUUCUGCAGCGCCUGUCGUAUGGACAUAUAUUGGUAUUUGCGGGAAAAAACCGAAGAAAUGCAUCUAGAAAAAGUCACGAAAGCACAAACUGAAAGUAAAGAUUACUUUAUAGCUACGGGGUACCAUAGUUCUGCCGGUUGGCAAUAUGAACAUGUAACAACACGUAAACUAUUUGACGACCCUGAAGCACCUGAUACCGAAGAAAUUAUUGCUUCUGUCGGCGCACGAUGGGUAGAAAGAGAGAAAAAUAAGAAGCCGGGGGAAAAAAUUCAAACAACACUUACAAACUUUUUUCCUAUGAAGUAA